AAAAUACCAACGGCAUUGCCUUCUCCGAGAUGCGCAGUUCAUAUAUACCUCGUCGGACAGCAAGCAGGACGAAAAGAAUUCCUGCAGCUUGCACACUCACCUCGAAAGCUUGAAGAGCUUGACGACUUGGACGACUGAAACAACGUUGUUCGCGGCGUAAAUCCGACCAUUUAGACUUCCGACCGGUACCGGCGACGAUAGAUCAAUCAAACAACAACAUAUCGCCGUGCCUUUUUGAAGUAUUUAGGAUCCUAGGGCAACCUCCAGAUUUGUAAAGGAUUCCAUUCAUCUCUUUCCAUCUCCUCUCGGUGUCGAGGGACCCACCUUCGUUACUGGAGCCUUGUGUCCCCGUACACCCUGCGUUCAAGAAUGAAAGCCGCUCUUUCUCUAGCUACUCUCCUUUACCUCGCGCCUGCAGCUCUUGCGGCGAACUUUACUCUCGUCAAGCAGUACGCUGGACAGGACUUCUUCAAUGACUGGGACUUCACAGACAACUUUGACAAUACCACAAACGGUGCGCGCAGUGUGUUUGAUACAGAUGAACUUGAACUUGAACAUGCGAGCCUUCUCAUCUUAGGUGAUAUAAACUAUGUGCCUCAGUCGACUCAGCCCCAGUUGGCAUACAUAGACUCCAACCAACGAGCCAUUAUCAAAGUCGACAAUACUAGCGUUGUGGCAUACCCCAACAAGCGUAACUCGAUCAGGAUAAACUCCAAGGACUUUUACGAGGCAGGAACGGUGUGGGUCUUCGACGCAGUUCACUUGCCUUAUGGUUGCGCCGUCUGGCCUAGCUUCUGGACCAAGGGUGCUGACUGGCCUCGCCAAGGCGAGAUUGAUAUCGUUGAAGGUAUCAACACCCAAACGUCUAACCAAAUGGCUCUUCACACUUUCAACGGAUGUAAUGCCGCUUCGGGUACCAACCAGAAGGGAAAAGUCGGAACCACAAAUUGCAAUGACACUACUGGCGCUGGUUGCACUGUGACGGAGACGACGGAUAACAGUUAUGGAGCUAGCUUCGCCUCUGCCGGUGGAGGAGUCUGGGCGGCUCAGUUCGAUGCUACUGGUAUUUACAUCUGGUUCUGGAACCGUGCAAGCGUUCCCACGUCGAUUACAACCGCAACUGACUCCAUCGACAUCUCCCAAUGGGGUGCACCUUCCGCCGCGUACCCUUCUUCAAGCUGCGACAUCGGCAAAUUCUUCGGUGCUCAGCAAAUGGUGAUCGACAUCACGCUUUGCGGUGACUGGGCCGGUGUACCUUCUCUUUAUCAACCUGUAUGUGGAGGUGACGGCGCAGCCGAUGGUUGCUACCGCAACUCCGUCAUCAACGCCGGCUCACCCAACUUCGACAACGCCUACUUCGAGAUUAACUACAUCAAAGCCUUCGGCGUGAACUCAUCCGUCAUCACCAACUUUGCAGGUGCCGUCGGGUCUUCCACCUCUAACUCUCCUUCUGGUGGUAGUAGUGGUUCAGGAGGUGCCCAAACCACUUCGGCUGGAGGAAGCACGCAGACUGGUUCGGGUGACGGAUCGGGUGCGUUCAAGUUGAAUCUGAGUGGAGGUGCUAUUUGGGGUGUACUUGGUGCUGGGGUGUUGGCGUUGCUUUCUGGGUUGAUGUUGUAGGUUUGAGGUUUGAGGCUUGAGGAGUGAUGGUUUGUGUGCAUGGUGACAAGACUAUUCUUCUUUACACAUAUUUAGACGUAAUUGUUUGUACACAAGCGUGUUGGACCGGGACGUCCGAUAUUCAGUGAAGAACUAUGUUGUACAUACCUCGUACUUUCACAUUGGUUUGAUAUCGAAUUGAAUAAAUGGAAAGGUGGAGGCGGGAGGAUUAUCCCAUUCACUAAAUGCGAUGCAAGAUAUGUAUAGGGAGAUCAUAGCAGUUCGUGAAAGACAUUAGACAGCAGUACCUACUUUAAGUACGUAUACCCUAAUCCAAUAUAAACAACGGUGACAAUG